AUGCGGCUUCACGUACUGUUUACUCUCUCUUCAGAGUACUUUUCAACUUUCCCUCAUGGUACUUGUUCGCUAUCGGACUCGUGGCAGUAUUUAGCCUUGGAUGGAGUUUACCACCCUCUUUGGGCUGCAAUCUCAAACAACCCGACUCUGAGGCCGGCCUGGUGA